AGAGCAUGCCCAAAUAUGGUGAUGGCUACAAAAACAAUACCUUGAUGCUUCUUGGAGGGGACACCUGAGACACGAUGAUUUUUUACUUUGGCAUUUCUGGUUAUGCGUGAGCCGUGACCUUGGGCCAGACGAGGUUGCGCUCCUCGCAGGUUAGGUUACAUCCGAAUUGCAUCUAACCGCCACAAUGGAACGGAUUAACUAUGACCCUUGACAGAAAUGGCCCAAGCCAGCCCCGAUAAGCGCACAUCUCGCUGUCCGGUGACCAAUCAGAGUGUGCGAUUUUGCUGUAUCGGGAACAGGCUCCCGCUCUAAAAGGCUGGCCGAAUCCCCCAACUGGGUCUCAGCAUUCGAACGCUCUGGCUCUUGCAGCUUGGUCCUGAUCGGUGCCCAGGAUCUCUCUCCCUCUGCGACCCUCCAACGCCUCACCGUCUGCACCUCUGUCUGCAACACUUCGGCUCCCCUGAGAGUUUCCGGUUCCCACUCCUUUUCAGGUGUCCCUCUCUGCCUCUGCCUCUGCGUCUGCGUCUGCCCUCUGCCCUCUUGCCCUUCUGUCAUGAAUUCUGUGAACAAAUCACUCAUUCUUCCUACUUUUUAAUAUUAUACUUGUAACGAAUUGCUGGCGGCACUGGGAACAGGGUCUUGGUCUUGCGACGGCGGAGAGAUUUGACGUGCUGCCGGUACUAAUCAAUUUUCAAUCGGGCAACUCUUUCACGGAAGAGAAGAAACUCGCUCCCACCACUCCCAAACCCCCGUCCUGCAACCAAACCUGGAACUCCACAAUUCACCACCUCUGUCCACGACACGUCGUCGCCGCCGCCGCAGCAGCCAGCAGCAAAAGAGUCGACGUCGCCCGUUGAACGCCCAAACGCCUGCCCAACGUUCUGUCGCUGUAAUUUUUAUUGUCCGCGGCCGCCCAGCAUCUUCUUGGUGCCGCUGAUCCUUUGGUCAUUGCUUUUUUGGGGGCGUCGCACCACUCGCGACAGGUUCCGCCCAUAUCACAUACUCCUACAUAACAUCAUCCUAUUGCUAUCUAGCCCGUCGCAAUCGCCCGCACAACAUCCCCGACCCCGAUAACGACGGGCCUCGACGCCCAGGCGAUCGCACCGUCUAGUCGGCACGCGCGCGCACCACCACCACUACCGCUGUCCGCGUUAGGUUAGGUAACUGCCCGCCACCGGACCUCUUCCUUACCUCGCAUGCGAUAACGCGGAGGGACAAAACGUCGAUAUCCACGUCGUGGGUAAUCGGCUGCUCCGGAGAUGAUGGCCUUUCAGGCGCACCCCGGUGGGAUGCAGCAACAUCCAGGUGCUCCUCCCGGCCACCCCAUGGCUCCUGGCAUGGCCCACAACCCCAGUCAACCGGGCGCCACACAAGCAGGAAUACCGCACAACAUGAUGGGACACAUGGGCGUGUCGGGCCCCGGUCCCCAAAUGAACGCCGCCGCUCUCAUGGGGGGUGGCAUGCCGCCCGGCGCCGGUCAUCCUGGUCCCCACGGCAUGCCGCAUUUGAACCCAGCGCAAGCACAGCUAUACCAGCAACAGCAAAUGUCUGCUGGCAUUUACGCCCACAACCCAGCUUUGCAGCAACUACAACAGCAGCAAAGGCUGGCCGAGCUCCAGCUACAGCAACGGCAACGGGCUGCCAUGAUGCAGCAAGCUGGUCAAUACAACAACCUGGGCCAAGUACCCAUUGGCAUACCGCUGGGACAGAUGAAUCAGAUGAACCCUGCUCAUAUCGCAGCAAUGAGGAGGAUGCCGGUACCUCUCCCCGCACACCUUCAACAAACACAGCUAGCUCAACACCAACAGGCUCAAUCCAUGAACCACGUCAACAUGGCCCAGCAGAUCGCCCUCCAGCAGCAGCACCAACAGCAGCUUAACCAGAUGCAGAACAACCCGAACCAUGGGCAGAUGAACCCACAGGCAAUCAUCUCCCAACAAGCCCAAAUGGCCGCCAUGCAGCAAGCCCAGCAGGCCCAGCAACAGGCAGCCCAGCAGGUCCAGCAACAGGCCGCUCAACAACAGGCGGCCCAGCAAGGUCAACAACAACCUCAGCAGCCACAGCAGCAGCAACCACAGCAGCAGCAACCACCACAGCAACCAGGCCAGCCACAGCGGCAAGCUACUCCAUCACAAGCCGGGCCCAACGGGCAAGCACCGACUCCGGCGCCUACCCAAGGUCCCACGCCACAACCCAAUCCUCAGCAGCAACCCCACGCCCCACCCCAAACACCGCAGACUACACAGGGUCAACCAAUUCAACAAGUCCAACUGGUGGCCCAAGCCCAACACGCUGCCCAGGCCCAGGUUCAAGCGCAAGCCGCCCAGGUUCAAGUUGCCCAGGCUCAGGCGCAAGCAGUCCACAAUCAACAACAGGCCGCUGGCCUGGCCUUGAUGCAGCAGCAGCAGCAGCAGCAGCAGCAAAAGCGCAACGGAAUGGAACUGAAAGGGCAAUGUUUGCUAAAGUUGAUGCAGUUCAGCGAGCAUCUGAGUGGCUUCCCGGGGCCAAAGGGUCAGGAUGAUUUGAGCUACUGGGAAGAUUUUGUCAAAAUGUUCUUCUCGCAGAAGGGUGUCUUCAAGCACACCCUGCUGGAGAGGACGGCCGAGGGUCCGGUGGAAAAGCCGUAUGAGAUCCAGUAUCCCGCUCUUCCCCGCUACUUCCACUCCCACUUCGACAGCGGGGUAAAGACGAUGCAGUUGAUCAUGGCAAAGGGCACAACCGACCGUGCGUUACCAAACGACUGUCACUUCAUUGAGAACACCAAGGCCAGCCUCAUCUACCGGUUUGAUCAAAACUGCCACGUGGUUGCCGACGGCAUUCUGCGGGCCUCAUUUGACAGUGAGCAAAAGUUCGAGCUGUUUGAGUUCAUCACGACAGAUUUCGAGGAAUUUGUGCCCCGAAGCAUGGUUAUUCAAGCCGCUCGGCCGGCCCACAACUGGGUCAAGGAGUGGCAUGCUCUCAACUCACCAGACAACAAGCAAUCUCCGGAAAUGAACAAGAAAAACAAGACGAAGCAACUCAAGACCCCUGCAGGCCCCCCGCCAGAUCUUGAGCUUCCGGACUCGUAUGUCAGUCCAGGAAGAGCAGUGCCGGGGCACGUGUAUCAGUUUCUUGAGAUGUCGGAGAUCAUGGGUCAAAUGACGCCGUUAUUCGACUUCUUCCAUGCCCACCCUGGGAUUGCGCCCUAUGCCGCCAUGGAGCAGUAUGUCAGCCGGAUCAACUCGGGUGCCCAUCAAGGGAUGAAUGGGCAACCAAUGCCCCAGGGCGGGCCAAGGACUCCCAGUUUUGGCCAGUUCCCCAUGGGUGCCAGCCCGGCCAUGGCCAAUAUUGGACUGCCAGGAUCUCCGCACGUGGUGAACAGCCCGGCGCCCGGGCAGCUUGCGGCACCCGUGAUGCAGCACCAGAUGAGCCAGCCAGGAACUAGCUCGAGCGGCCCCAGCGCCAACACAUCACCUGCUCAAGGUAACAAGAGGAGAAGGUCGACAGUGAAGGAAGAAGAUACCCCUCAGUCUGCCCCAACACCGGGCGCCAUGGGCACCCCUCAGAUGAACGGGGUUGGGAUCCCAGGAAAGGGAAAACAACCCCCAACACCGAGGAUGCAAAAGCGGAUGAAGGGCAACCCAGCAUGAGGUUGUCUUUUUUUUCUUCCGUUUUUUCUUUUUGGUUCGUGUCUUGUCGUCAUCAAAAACAGCUUAAUGUGUUUCCUGGGGAAAGGGCGGGCUGGGGUGAGCUUAAAAGCUUUUUGUGUCUAAUUUGUUGUUUUGUCCGCUUCCACUUUUCCUGGGCGGCUGGCGCAACUUGGAUUUGGGGGGUGGGGGUAAGAGGAGGGGUGAAAAGGGAGGGCAUGUGUAUGGGAAUUGUGUACGGAUGGGCUUGCUAUAUUGGCUCUCUCUCUCUCUGACUUUGGCGGUGGUGUCGAGGCGUCUUGACUGCUUUUGGUUUGCUGUUUUUGUUUUUGUGAUAUCUGGUUGUCUUGUUUUUUUUUUUUUUGGAAUUUGGAAUUUUGCUGCUGCUGCUCUUGCUUGUUCCUUUUUUUUAUUGGUAACUAGGAAACUUGGGGCGUUUGUGUUUUAUACACCCCCUUUUUUUGGUUUUUCUUGCACAGGAAGAAUGAAAGUUUGAGCAAAGCAGCGGGAAGUGAUGUCAAAUGAUUAUUGUUUUCGCUUGUUGAAACUGUGGUUUUUUUAUACUGGGUGUCAAUUGAGGGGAGGAAUCGUUAUUUUAGUUUCUUUGGGCAUUGGUGAGGAGGGAGGGGGGGGAGGGUUAGGUUACCUACAUUAGUUGUUGUUGUCGUCGACAUCGUUAUCUUGCAUGUCCCUCUUGACUUGUCCUAUUAAAAAAGGAGAAUAUUUGGUUUGGGCCGAAGUUGAUGCAGUUGGUUUUGAAUAUAAUGUUUGUGAGCUGUGAGGUGUGGCUCUCGGUUUUGAAAGUUUUAUAUUAUAUAACCACGCAGCAGCAUCUUUGUGUUUUGCCCUAAAUUCCCAGUCAAAACAGAGACGGAGGGAGAAACCCAGUUUUUUGUUGACUUCUGACUGUUUGCUUUUGGAUUUUGAAUACGUCACCCUAAAUAAAAAUACCCCCAUACACUAUCAUCCUUUCUUUGUUUUUAUAUUCCAAACCCCAAGGAG